GUGGGCGUAUCCCGGGUCCCACAGGGGGCGUGUCCGUGAGCUGUUAUGGGCUCUUCUAAAAGCCAUGUGUUGGAGUCGCAUUUCCUCAACGCAGCUGCGAGGGUUACACGGGAGCUGAAAGAGCGAGGAUGGCAUUUCACACAGAUGUCUCAGUUAGGCAAUGCGCGGUUUGUUGCGAGAGGUGGUGUGUGUCAUUGCGCGUGCCAGCCCGGGCUCUCCCAGCGUUCUCGUAGAGGCGACUUUCCGACGGCGACGCGCGUGUCUCCUCGCUGAGAUGAGUACUUUCUACAUCACCAUUGAAUUGAUGAUCGCUGUGCUGUCCAUUGUCGGCAACGUGCUGGUGUGCUGGGCUGUCGCCAUCAACUCCACUCUGAAAAACGCCACUAACUACUUCUUGGUGUCUCUGGCUGUAGCCGAUAUUUUAGUCGGGUGCCUCGCCAUCCCUUUCGCCAUCACCAUCAGCAUCGGGCUGCCUUGCGACUUCUACGGCUGCCUCUUCCUCGCCUGCUUCGUGCUCGUGCUCACUCAGAGCUCAAUCUUCAGCCUUCUGGCGGUGGCCAUCGAUAGAUAUCUAGCUGUCAAAAUUCCUCUGAGGUAUAAGGAGCUGGUUACAGGGAACAGGGCCAGAAAGAUCAUUGCCAUUUUAUGGAUUCUAUCAUUCAUCAUUGGCCUCAUCCCAUUUGCAGGCUGGAACAAGAAAGCCAGGGCUUGCAGUAAGCCUGCAAACCAAAGUUCUCCUCUCCAGAACUCCAGCACGGAAGCAUCCCAGGGCUUCCUGCAGAGCUGCGAGCUAAAAUGCCUCUUCGAGAGUGUAGUGGACAUGAGCUACAUGGUCUACUUCAACUUUUUUGGAUGCGUACUGCUGCCCUUGCUCAUCAUGCUAGGCAUCUACGUCAAGAUUUUCACGGUGGCUCGAAAGCAGCUGCGCCAGAUCAAGCUCGGAAGCGUGAUGGGCAACGGCGAGAGCCGGCAUCACCAGCACCAUCGUGGGCUCCUGCAGCGGGAAAUCCGUGCCGCCAAGUCCCUGUCCAUUAUUGUAGGCCUCUUCGCCUUGUGCUGGCUGCCUGUGCAUGUCCUCAACUGCCUCACCCUCUUUACGGAAGUGGCCAAGCCCGACUACAUCAUGUACGUGGCUAUAAUUCUCUCGCAUGCCAACUCAGCAGUCAACCCCAUUAUCUAUGCUUAUCGCAUCAAGGAAUUCAGGAACACCUUCCGGAAAAUUCUGGCGCGCCACAUUCUUUGCCGUCGCGAAGAGUUGUACCUGAGCUCCAAUGGAAGCACCCGAAACAGAGAACAGAUUACCAUGACCAUCGAUCCUCUGUUAUAGGUCAUGAGACACUGGAAAUGGUAUUUUAACUUAAUCUAAUCUUAUUUUUAAUGAGCAUCAUUCAAAACAUGGGGAGCAAUGUUUACACACCAGAGAAUAACUGCAGGAAUGUGGAUUGCUAGGCUGUUUAUAAGGACUGAAAGGAUGGCACUUUGGAAGCAGGCAUCUCUGGAAACUUUUUUUUUUUUUUUUACAUUAUUGUUAAACUAAAGCAGAGAGCAAAAUGCUCAUCACCUAACACUACUUAAGACAGUGAAGAUACAGGAAAUAUCUCCUCUUUACCCUGACACAACUAACAAACUUGAACAAAUUGUGCUCCAAGUCUUGAGGGACAGACAGCAUGCCUCUAUACCUGGCUAGAGGUGAAUCCUGGUAACGGACAGAGAGACGACGACAAUGAAACAAAAGGUGGAGAGAGCAAUGUCCAGAAUGCACCAGAAUGGGAAAGUUACUCACUGUUCACUUCAAGUCCAUUUUGAAGCAACUGCAAGAACUUGUGAAGGACACAGGAACAACACAAAGCCUGACAGAAAAGGCUUCUAGCGUUUAACCUGUAACAGUCUUUUUAAAGUGUCAUGCUUGAAUAUUUGAGACUGUUUUAUUAAAUCUUUACAAUUUAGGUUACUAUAGAAAGCUCAGGAAAACCACAUGGGGCCAAGAAUCGUCUUUUUACUCUGUCAUUGAAAGAAAAGCAGCUGCUGGCCAACUUUUGAAAGAGUUAGCACUAUGUAAAUGAUUAAGUCGUACAAAACCGAUUAGGCAGAUCAAAACACAUUCUGGAAACAAUACAGUCUGGAGCUGAGGUAUUCCCAUGCACCCAGGUUCUUAAAGCCAGUUUGUUAUUGCUAGCCACUUUGUAAGUCAUUAGACACUUAUUUGAAGUAUCUCAGCAAGACCAAAUUUCCACAUGUUGAAAUGGUAUUAUGUCACUUUACACAGUCUUGCUCCCACAUACACACACACACCGAGCGGCCCCAGCUGCCCUGGUGUUGGACUUGGGGUUAUUGUCUCCCUCAUGGGUGUGUCACUGCCCCCAAGGGCCCAGUUUGUCAUUGAAUGUUCAAGUGCAACAAACUGCAGAGGCAGAGCCUAGAGCAGAGAGUGUCUACUGCACUGAGAUUUAAAGUGUGAUGGUCGGGGCAAAAAGUGUCUGCAGCAACAAGAUUUAAAGUGUCGCCUCUGAGCUAGCAGCCACCUACCUCUUUAACACUGUUCUAACAAAAUACUGUGAAUUCUAGCCACUGUCCUCCGCAACUGUUCAAAACCAUACCAUGGGACUGUAAAGAAACAAUUCUAAAUACGUAUAACUCUUUACAUGCAGACUGAUUUAAGAAUGUCAUUACGAGGUGGAUAGCAAGUGUACUGAUGGCACUGAAAAAUGAUAAAAAUGUUUUAAAAGUCGAUAUGUAAGAAAUGAAACGAUGAGGCCUGCUGUUGUAGGAAUAUAAACAGCACUGUUACCAUCCCAAAGCUGAGUAUUAUUGCAAUUACAACACUUCCCUGAAGUGUUUUAUUCUUCUUAUACCACAGAACUUUCCCAAUUUAUUAAAAAUGUACAUAUUGGAGGUUUCACCAUUUACAAUUAUAUUUGAUGUUUUCAAAAUGACCCAAAAAAACAAUUAAAAAAAUGUUUCCCAUGAAGCACACGGCCCUCCAUCCUGAAGCCUUUCCCCUUUUGUUGGGAAACUCUACAGCUUUACCCUGUUCCAAAAAACCUAAAACUUACCAGAUCAGCCAUUACACAUGUUUUUUUUAAAAUGCAGCUGCCAUACACACCCCUGUGUACGUUUUGAAACAAUAUCAUUUUCAGACAAGCGUGUUAAUAUAAACACAUGACUCUCCAUGCAGCUGGUGCUAGGGUCUGACCAAUCAGAACUGAGUAUCCAGCUGUGGUAUAAGGAGGAUUAGAACACCCCAGGGUGCCUUCUUGUUUCGGAACGGAUCAGAGUCUUGACAUUUCCAUGAAUAUGACGUAGAAAUGUCCGUCACUCUAAAAGUAAUGAAUAGAUUAGUGUACAGUACACUGAGAUUCGCUUCCCCCCCGUCAGACUGCGAGUGAUCAGAUACACAGUGUGUGCUCGCCUAAUGCGCAGACGUUCCCGUAAAUGACAUGGCCACUCGGACGUGACAAACCUAUUCUAAUAGACAUCCGAGCAAAGCGAGGCGAGGCAGUGGUAAAAGGCUAUUUAUCGAUCAGACGACGCAGUGAGGCAGGUGAACACGAGCUCUGUAGGUUCUUAACAAGACUCGUUAAGCCUUUAAAUCUCUGUUUUAUUACUACUCUUAAGGGCUAAACUGCAGGAAUGUGCCAAAUCGAAUGGACAUUCCCAUGGAGACCAAUCUGUACUGCACUGUAGGGAUGCUAGCUGCCGUUUUAUGUGCUUAGGAAAUACCUGAAAAUACAUUGUGUACUUUUUAAUAGCUUGUUUCGAAAGUGGAAGACUGACUUGGGGAGAGAAAAUGCUUUCGAGUUACUUUGUAGUGGAAUUCGGUGUCGAUGAUCUACUCGAGCUCUUACAGUCCUGUCCACAGAGAGACGGAAAACCUUUGAGAAAAAGAAGUGUCUUUUUGUUUUUUAAUGUGCUGCAGUAUUCGUGCUACACUUAACAGCAUACACUGUGGUUCAUGAUUGAUGUUGAGUAUUUGUGUCCAAGUGUUAUCACAAUAUACUUGUCAGCUGUAUGAAGCAGUCCUGUUAUUUAACAUUAAAUAUGUAUGUUUGGUGACUUAUUUUGUUAAUAAAAGCUCUUUAUAUAUAAAUAUA